CUUUUCUAAAACUUGAUAAUUUUUUUUGAUCUGCAAUUACUUACUGUGUAAUUUAGUAACUACUGUAAUUACAUGAGGUGGCAUUGUUUUCUAUGAUUCAGGGUUGAUGCUGCAAGAGAAGAUGGCUCGUUGGGUAGACUUAUUAAUGACAAUCAUAUAAACACAAACAGCAAAAUGAAAAUAAUCAAUGUUGAUAGAAAACCCUAUUUGUGCUUAUUCGCAACAAAGGACAUCAGUCCAGGGCAAGAGAUCACUUAUAACUAUGAUGUUUCAGAAUGGCCAUGGAGGAACAAGGUGACCUCUGACACUGAAAUCCAGACCAGUACUUCACUUAGCUGUGCAGGACAGAAAACUGGAACACAGAAGUGUUGUUCAUCUAAACGGGUGACUUCUGACACUGAAAUCCAGACCAGUACUUCACUCAGCUGUGCAGGAGACAAUACUGGAACACAGAAGGUGACCUCUGACACUGAAAUCCAGACCAGUACUUCACUCAGCUGUGCAGGAGAAAAUGGUGGAACACAGAAGGUGACCUCUGACACUGAAAUCCAGACCAGUACUUCACUCAGCUGUGCAGGAGAGAAUGGUGGAACACAGAAGGUGACCUCUGACACUGAAAUCCAGACCAGUACUUCAUUCAGCUGUGCAGGAGACAAUACUGGAACACAGAAAAUAAAUGUGACCUCUGACACUGAAAUCCAGACCAGUACUUCACUCAGCUGUGCAGGAGACAAUACUGGAACACAGAAGAUUUGUAAACUUUAUGUAAUAUCAGUAGCUGUGUCAAGCUUGGAUAAAUGUGCCAGCUGCAGUGGGCCCUACAAUGCAUUCAAGUGGAUUAGGGUGAAAUGUAAAAUCAUUCUCAAAUCUUCUGAAAAUUACGCAAGAAGAAAAACAAAGACCAUGGUCUCCUGAUGAAAUUGCUGCAGUAUUGAGACAUUUCCAAAGCCAUGUUUCCAAGGGUAAACUUGCCACAAAAAUAGAAUGCCAACAAUGCAAAUCCGCAGAGCAUCCUAUGUUGGCAAAUCGCUCCAUUCAAAACAUCAGGGACUUUGUCAGAAACAGGUUUGAUGCUGAAAUGGAAUCAGGUAGAA